UUUGUCAUUCAGCGGAAGAAGUUGAGCUAGACGACUAACUUGUUGGAGAAAGCUGGCACCUGUCAGUACGAAAUAAAAGAUAACUGACAUGAAGAUGGGACGACUUUCAGACGUUCAGUAUGUUUUUUACUUGAUGUUGCCAUCAGUUCUCCUGUCCUCUGCUCUUCAAGUGUUGGACUCAGAGCAAGCACUGGAGAGCAGUGGGUUUGGUCAACCUCCACCUCGACAUGGACUGAAAUUGCUGAUGUGGUAUGCUGAGGAAUGUCUAGACAACAACAUGGUUGCCCUGUGCUAUCCGAGUAAGGGGGAGUACGGGUUUCAUCUUUUUCAAAACCGAAAGCCGAGACUCCUUCCGAUGAUAAAGGACAAAAGUCAGUACAAGUACUAUACAAUCGGAAACCUUCAUUCUCCGCAUGCUGAAGACCUGCCAUAUGACGUGAGGAAAUACUACAACCGUAGCAAUCCAGAGAGUAAUAAGGACAGAGUUCUGGUCAAAUACAACCACAAUAAAAACCGCAUUACUGACAUCUACGCAUCUGCACAUUAUGUGAAAAAAGAGACGUACAUUAUUGGCCCCAAUCUCCUUGCUUAUCUGAGACACCUCAUGGCUCCUGUUUGCAUUUUAAUUUAAUGUACAAUCUCUCUUUUGACAAUUUGUGACUCUAUUCGGUAUGUUAUUGGAAUGUUUUAGGUAAAUUCUUGUCAUUUCCUUUUUUGGUACUUAGAGCUCACUUACAGUGUUGUUGUAUUAUUUCUUAUUCUUGAAUUAACUAUCACCUUCCUGAUUUCUGAGGACAUUGUAUGCUAUGGUAUGGUAUGGUUUGGUUUAUGUGCUUCAGACACGCUUAACGGGUUACAUUGAGGAACAUCCCAUUUACAAUCCUACCCCUUUCUCCUUGUCUUGUUAUUCUUCUCACACCUUGUGUUUAACAU